UGAACAAGAUGUGGGUCUUUAUAUUUCUGUAUACUCUGGGACUAAACAUUUCUCAGGCAACUGGAGGAGUUUCAGCCCCCUCAACACAAAUGUAUUAUGUCAAACUGACAAUAGAGAAAAGUGCCAUUGGAAACCUAACCAACUUGCAGCCAUUUUUCGUGAAUGAUUCCAUCCGGCAUGCUGACGAACUGCAAAUGACGACAACCUGUAAGGACGUUACAGAUCAAAGAGAGUGUCGCUGCCUGUUAGGCCACAAAUGGAGUGACAACGUGUGUCAGUCUAAUUCCAAGUGUUGUGGCGACAACACAUGCACUUUCCCCAAAAACUCGUCUCACGUCUGUGUUUCAAGCAACACAGUUACAAUCAAAGGAUCCAUUCGAAUAAAGGGAACACGCUUUCGAGGAUGUCUGGCAGACGAACAGUCAGAGAAAUUUCAGAAUUGUUCUAACGAAUUGUUAUACGAGGAGGACCUGAACACCACAGCAGUGUGGCGGCUGAGGUAUAACAACGGAGAAGUAUUUCCCAUAACUAACGGCACAGAGGCAGACAUGACGUCAACAACACGCAUGUACAACCUCACUCUAAAAAACAUAUCAGCCUCCUGGAAAGGCGAGUACACAUGUGAAUUCCAUCAAGAGAAAUCAUCACUAAACAUAAGUCACAGAGCCAGUGCCGUAAUGGAUGUUGCUCUCCUGCCAAACAUUCACAUCGCCACAGUCCCACAAUUUCCACGCUGCCAAAACAAAGAUGAUUUACUGGAAGUAAGAGGCAAAUGCUUGAUUAGGGAGGAUAAUGAAAAUUAUACCGUGACAUGGACAAGUCAAGAAAUGAAUGCGAAAAUUAUUACAUUAAAGGCCGAUCGCUCCUUUGGAGAAAUUGUGUAUGCAGCUAACACAGUGGUCGGCUGCGACUCAUCUGCGCAAACACCGAAACUGACAUGCACAUUUCAGAACAGACUCAAUCAGAGGAAAGACGCAUCAGUUGAUAUCAAUGUCAUACAUGUUGGAGAGAGUUUCUGUGAAGCAGAAGGUGACUGGGGAGACACCAAAGCUGGGUUCACUGCAGUGUUACAGUGCAAGGACACAGAUGGACGAAGACAAAGGAAAUGCAUUGAAGACUUUCUGGAAUCAUCCAGCAACUUGAUGGAGAAGUCUCUUGAGAAUUCUUGGAAAGGAAUGGUUGAAAACAGAAAUAUGUCAUUGGCUGAGACAUAUAUGACGUCUGUUGAGAAAUUAAUUGAGGCGGCAAACAUUACGAGUAACAACACAAAACAAAAUAUAGAGGUGGCUACGUGUAAUAAAGAACAGGGGUCGAGAUGUACCAACAUUGCCUUCGGUGUCACUGUCGAUUUGGAAAGUGCAGACAAUGGCAGCGUGAGAACAACUGGAUUUAAACAACUGCAGAACUAUUUGCCCCAGACAGAUGAGAAGUACGACAUCAACAGCAUUGUUAUGUCGACAAUCACUCAAAAGAUACACUCGGGUUCAGUUGUGGUUGAAAUUAGAUUCCCGUUGCUCCGUCCGAGGUCUCGCAACGUAGAGAUAAAGUGUGUUUCAUGGGACAAAGUCACCAGGCAAUGGUCAUCAGAUGGAUGUGAAUGGAUGGGUCCGUCCAAUGAUGGACACUGUGUUUGCAGACAUUUGUCCUCAUUUGCCAUUUUAAUGGCUAAGAAUCCGAUAGUUCUCCCAGGGAUGACUGAGAUAACCAUGUAUGGACUGUCUAUAUCAGUCAUAUCUCUUGUUAUUAAUCUUGCAAUAGAACUGAUCGUCUGGAGGGCUUUAGUUAGGACAAAUACUUUAUAUUUACGGCACAUUGCCCAAGUAAACAUUUCUCUAUGUUUGCUAGUCGCAGAUUGCUGUUUUUUAGCAUCUAACAAACCUAAGGAAAUUUCAGAAAUCUGGUGUAAGACCUUUGUGGUGUUGAAGCAUUUCUGUUACUUGUCCAUGUUCUUUUGGAUGUUGUGUCUGAGCAGCACGCUUCUUCAUCAAACACUUUUCCCGUUCCACAUUGUGAGCAAGAAGAAUUACCUGAAGUUCGGCAUAACCCUGGGCUACGCAUGUCCGCUACUUAUCGUUGUUAUCACAGUCCUUUGUUACAGCAGUGGUGCUGAGGGCAUGUACUUCACCAGGGACACCUGUUGGCUGGUUUAUAGUGGACUUUUUCGUGGGUCCAUCCACUCAUUUAUCAUACCAGUCGGUACAAUUGUUUUCAUCAACGUGUCCUCCAUGAUGUUGGUAAUCAUGAAGCUUUUGCAUCACCCUAAGACGACAGAAGCACCUUGUGACAAAACCGCUGCUAAAACUAUCAUAAGGACAAUUAUUCUUCUGACUCCGAUCUUUGGUGUCACUUGGAUCUUUGGAUUUGGUGUAACUAUUCUUGACCUCACAUCUGGAAUCAUGGCCUCCGUGGUCAAUUAUGUUUUUGUCCUGCUGAACUCUUUUCAGGGUUUGUUCAUUUUGUUAACCACGCACCUGGGGGACAAACUGACCCGUGACGCACUGCUAAAGCAUCUGAAAAAAAAGGUAAGUGUACAACAACUGGGUUUACUUGUGAAUAUGUACAACACAACAAUGAUUGUUGAUUUUUUUUUUACACAUCCUUCUCCUCUGCUCUCUAGGCAUCUGCCAGUGACAGCUCCACGACGUUGGACACAAUAAUGAAGAAGUGAAAAUACUUUUCCUC